UCCAUAGCCUCUCCCAGCACGCCGUCCUCUCGGCCGCCGGCGAGCCAUGGACCUGGAGGCGACGUCGGUGGAGCUGGACUCCAUCCUCUUCGGCUUCUACACCGAGGACGAGGUCAAGCGGCUCAGCGUCAGGAAGCUCACCAAGCCCGAACGCCUCGACGCCAAGGGCUGCCCCGUGCCCGGCGGCCUGCUCGACCCGGCCAUGGGCCCCCUCAACGCCAACGACACCUGCAAGACCUGCGCCCAGCCCCCCGGCAACUGCCCGGGCCAUUUCGGCCACAUCGAGCUCGCCAAGCCGCUCUUCAACCCGCUGCUCUUCGACACGCUCCGGGACCUGCUCCGCUCGACCUGCUUCACCUGCCGCAGGUUCCGCCUCAGCAGCCAGCUGGUGUUUAGGUACGCCCGGGAGCUCGAGCUGCUGGCGAAGGGCGAUGUUGCCCAGGCGAAAAACUUGCAAGAUUCGGCCGGUUUGAAGGAGGAGGAGGAAGAUGAUGAAACAGCCGAGGUCACUUCUCCCUCUGGCCAAGAGGGUAGAACCUGGACAUCCCUCCAACUAACAGAGGCCCUCUCUGUCUUCUCCAAGCUGAUGAAGAAGCGAGUCAACAAGUGCGCAAACUGCGGCGCAAAGUCUCCACCAAUCAAAUGCCAGAUAUAUGGUUGGCUUAAGAUUCAGGAUAAAAAUGGUUCUUCUGUAAGAAGAAAAGCGAUUGCUGAUUAUAAACUUGAAGGAGAUGGUCAUAGUCACAACACAAGUGAAAAUGCUGUUUCUGGUCUUUCGGAUGAUACUGUUAAGGUAUCAAGGAAUCAAACAAGACACAUUUCUGAUAACGAAGUUCCUCUCUUGACUACAGAGGUUGAAUCUAUUCUGAGAGACUUGUGGGAGAAGGAACCCAGGUUCUGCAUGUUACUAUGCGACUUUCAGCAGAAUUUAAGUGUAUCAGAAAAGAGGAGGGGCUAUGAGAUGUUUUUCUUAAAGAGUCUGCUUGUUCCGCCAAACAGAUUCCGUCCUUCGACUGUUUCUAGCCUUGGAAUUAUGGAACACCCACAAAAUGUUAUGCUAGGUAAAGUGCAAGAGGCUAAUCUCGCGCUACAGCAUGCCAAUGCCCAGCCGAAUCACCUGGACAUUCUUACAAGAUGGAGGGAUCUGCAAACAAGUGUAAAUUUAUUUUACGAUAGUAGUAAAGGCCUUGUAAAAAGCGGGAAUGAUGGUCAGGGCAUACGACAGUUGCUGGAUAAGAAAACCGGGAUUCUUCGACAGAAGAUGAUGGGGAAGAGAGUUAAUCAUUCCUGCCGGACUGUUAUAUCUCCUGAUCCAUUUUUGGCUGUUAACGAAAUUGGUAUUCCUCCUGCUGCUGCGUUAAAGAUGACUUAUCCUGAGAAAGUGACGCACUGGAACACCAAAAAGCUACAAGAAGCUAUAAAUAAUGGUGGUGAAAUUCAUCCUGGUGCGACGCAUGUCAAGGUUAACAAUCACAUGUAUAAACUAUCGGUUGAUCCCCCCAAACGUAGGGCCGUUGCUAAGCAGUUGCCUGCUUCUAGAGGAUCAAUUUCUCAUCCAGGGAAGGACCCUAAACGUGAAUUUGAAAGCAAAGUUGUAUAUCGACAUAUUCAAGAUGGUGACAUUGUACUGGUCAACAGACAGCCUACUCUUCACAAGCCCAGCAUGAUGGCCCAUGUUGUACGUGUCUUGCCUGGAGAGAAGACAAUUCGAAUGCACUAUGCCAAUUGCAGCACAUACAAUGCUGAUUUUGAUGGAGAUGAAAUGAAUGUGCACUUCCCACAAGAUGAAAUAUCUCGCGCUGAGGCCAUCAACAUUGUUGAUGCAAAUAAGCAGUACAUUGGUCCAAGGAGUGGGGAGGCUGUCAGAGGUCUCAUUCAGGACCACAUUGUUGGUGCUGUUCUUCUGACAAAGCCAGACACGUUCUUAAGCCGUGAGGAAUAUAGUCAGCUUGUCUAUGGGUCUUGUGUGUCCUCAUCUUGUAGCCCUUGUCAAUCUGGUAAAAGGGUAUCUGUUAUGAAUGAUGAUGACACAUUGGAACUUCUCCCUCCAGCUAUUUUUAAGCCAAAGCAUCUGUGGACGGGAAAACAGGUCAUAACAACCAUCUUGAACCAUUUAACAAAUGGUCACCCACCAUUCACUGUGAAGAAGGAAGGGAAAAUUCCAGUAAAAUAUUUAUUACCUAAAAAACGCCAUGAUGAAGAACGAGAAACUAGGGAUCCUGAACUUGUUAAAAAAGAAAAAGAAGAACAAGAAGUACUUGUUAGAAAUCAAGAAGAUGAACAAGAAUUAUAUGUUCUUGAUAAUGAGCUUAUAAAGGGCAUGAUAGAUAAGAAGCAGUUCGGAAAUUACGGGAUAGUUCAUACAGUUCAGGAGCUCUAUGGCGCAGAUACAGCUGGAAGAUUGCUCUCAAUAUUCAGCCGCUUGUUUACAUUGUUCUUGCAGUUUCAUGGAUUUACAUGUGGAGUAGAUGAUCUGUUACUAUCCCAAGACGAAGAUCAGCUGAGGGAGAAAAUUCUCUUGGAAAGCGAGCAACGCAGUGAGGAUGUCCACUGGGAAUUUGCAGGGCAUGGCUAUCCGGUUUGUGUUAAAAGUUUGGAUUCCGGUUUAACUGUUGAAAUGGUUGAGGAAGAGUUUGCGAAAAUUGGUGCAAUCAAACCAGGUGGCGUCCAAGUUAGGAACAAGAAGUUUGUUGUUGAAUUUGAAUCCCGGCAAUCAUUCGAAGCAAUUAAGGCAAAACCUCCAAGUGUUAUUGCUGGGAAAAAGGUAACCCUUAAGCAGAAACUAAAACGAGAUCCAGCGGACUUGCAAAUGGAUGUCGAGAAGGUUGUACGCAGGAUGGGAGAAUCUGGGAAUGUCACAUUGGAUAAAAUGAUGCUAAGUGCUCUAAAUAAGUUAACAUCUGAGGUCAAUCAAAGCAUGUUUCCCUAUGGUCUACAGAAGCCUUUCCCUAAAAAUUGUCUCACUCUUAUGACUGCAACUGGUGCGAAAGGUUCAGAUGUUAACAUGACACAAAUCUCGUCAUUAUUAGGCUCGCAAGAUUUAGAAGGUGCGCGCGUUCCACGAAUGGUAUCUGGGAAGGCAUUACCUUGCUUUCGACCAUGGGAUACUUCUUCUAGAGCUGGUGGUUACGUGAGUGACAGAUUUUUAACUGGUCUCCGCCCUCAAGAGUACUAUUUCCAUUGUAUGGCUGGCAGAAAUGGGUUGAUUGACACAGCAGUCAAAACAUCUCGUAGUGGAUAUCUUCAACGUUGUCUUGUCAAAAGUCUUGAAUCAUUGUUUGUUUCAUACGAUCAUACUGUCCGUAAUGUUGAUGGAUCAAUCAUACAAUUCUGCUACGGAGAAGAUGGAGUUGAUGUCCAUAAAAGUAACUUCCUCAAUAAGUUUGAAGAACUUGCUGCUAAUAGAAAAGCUGUCCUUGACAGGUUUGGCAGCUACAGUGGCGAUAGCCUGUUAUUACAGUCCAAUUACAUCACUAACCUGCCCAAAACACUCACGGACAAUGCAAAGAAGUUUGUCAGUUCACAAGAGGAGGAGAAGUUACGAAAGGAAGAGGAGAGGAAGUUACAAAAGGAGGAGGAGGGGAAGUUAAGUAAGGAGGAGAAGUUACAAAGAGAGAAGUUUCUCAGGUUAAUAAGGAAGCCGGGCCGUUAUGACAUCGAAAUUGAGGAACUAACGAAAUUACUGAAUGUAAAGUACCGGGCUAGUCUUAUAGAACCUGGUGAAGCUGUUGGUGUGAUCCUUGCCCAGUCCUUAGGAGAACCUUCAACACAGAUGACGCUCAACACUUUUCAUCUUGCUGGAAGAGGUGACAUGAAUGUCACACUUGGGAUGCCUCGUAUACAAGAAAUUCUAAUGAAAGCAUCCGCUAACAUUUCUACGCCCUAUAUGGAGUGCCCUCUGCACGAGAAUAUCACUAAGGGUGAUGCUGAGCGGCUGGCUGCAAAGUUAAGGGGUGUUAGGUUGGCUGAUGUUGUGGCUGGAACUGAAGUAUGCACAGUUCAUUUUCACAACAGUAACGGGCAUGUUUCGAAUCUCUAUAAGUUACAGCUAAAACUACACUCACCAGAGGAUUACCCUGAUCAGUCAGAACUUACAGCAGACGAGUGUCAAACUGCCUUGAGAACAGUGUUUAUUGAUGCAAUGGAAUAUGCAAUCGAAAAACACCUAAAUUUGCUACACAAAGUUAGUGGAAUCCAGGAAACUAGGGUACAGGACACUGACAGCUCACUACCAGAGGGUCCUGAAGAACCUGAAAGCAGAUCUAUUGACAGGGAAGAGCUUGUUGCAAGUGAUGGCGACGAUGAAAAUGAGGAUGACAUGGGAGCCGAUGCAAAAAAGUGGAAACAGCAACAGAAUGAUGAGUUGGAGUAUGAUGAUACUGGAAAUGCAGAUGUUAUGGACAGUGACCCUGAAGAAGAGACAAAAUACAAACCUGAUAAUGAGGAUGAUCCAGCUGAGUCAGGCGGAGAAUCAGAAGUGGAAGACGAAGGACAUAUGUCAGAUUCGGGUAACAGGUCAGGGAAAUUAGAAGAUGGUUCUGCAGCUGGUAAACUCAAGAAGGAAAAAAGUGAAACCGUGGAAAAUUUGGAGCAGAAGCAGGCACAAACAACCCAGAAACGCAGCAAGAAGGUGAAGCGAGCUGUUCAUGUUGAAAGCACAGAUUUGAAGUUUGAGGUUCACUAUCUAUUGCACAAGGAACCAACUAUUUUACUAGCCCAGAUAGCCCAGAAGACAUUGAAGUCCCUAUUUGUCAGUGGAUCCCAUAACAGAAACAUUGGUGGAUGCAAAGCUGUUUGGGUAGAAAAGGAAGGCGAUCCAUCUCCAAAAAUGCUAGCACUGCGAACUGCAGGAGUGGACUUUGAGGUAUUCUGGGCUCUGCAGGACAUCCUGAAAAUCCAAGACGUUAAAUCUAACGACAUACAUGCUAUCCUGAAGACAUAUGGGGUGGAGGCCGCAAGGGCGACCAUCAUCCAUGAAGUGAAUGCUGUGUUUCAACCCUUCGGUAUAGAUGUGAACAAGAGGCACCUGAGCCUGGUUGCUGACUUCAUGACCUCAGGAGGCUCCUACCGGCCGAUGAGCAUCCUAGGGAUGGCCCAGUUCUGCACGUCGCCAUUCGGCAAGAUGAGCUUCGAGCAGGCCACGAGGUUCAUCUCGGAAGCUGCCUUCUACGGAGAGGUGGACACCCUCGAUGGCCCCUCAGCGAGCGUGUCCCUGGGGAAGCCGGCCAAGAUGGGAACCGGCUGCUUUGGCUUGCUGCAGAACAUGUGCUUUGUUGAGCCCACGAAGAUGUGACACAAGCACCUGCGUGAGAAAUGUGCAAGGACCUUACAGUAUGGCGGUUACUUGCCCUUGGUGUCGUGUGUGUUUUGACGCGAACAGUUGCGUGGGCAACAUUUUUUGUGUAUCUUAGCAAGUGAAAUGGGAUGAAUCUGUAUGCGUGCA